CCUUCAUUGGAGACUGGAGGACUGCAGCUCAGUUCCACUGCCACACUGCAAGCCCCGGUCUCUCUGUCUCUGUCUUUCUGUUUCGCCUCUUAAAGCAGUUGAGUUAAUGAGCGGUAAUGCACCAUGAAGCUGUUUGCCAACCCAUAAUCAAAGCCCAGAAGAAGAAGCUCCCAGUAUGCACCGCGGUCUGGUCGCGCUUCUGUUGCCGGAAACGCCUCUGGAACAAUGCAAUCACACCCCGAUGUUCAGAGGUUGGAAGAUGGAGAUGUGUCUCAGAGAGACCAUUUACUGGGAGAAGAUCUCACCGGUCUUCCUGACCUGGGUGCUGACCAACUGUUUAAUGGCUCUACAGUUGCUUCAAGGUUCCUGCGGGCUGAACUGGAACUGAACGCACGGUUGCGGACGCUGUCCUUUGGGAAACCAGUGCGAUACACGUACAACCCGCUUGAGUACGCCUGGGACACACAUCGAUGUUAUGUGGAGAAAUACUGUCAGGAAGGACAGAGCAUACUCUUCCUAGGCAUGAACCCAGGACCUUUUGGCAUGGCACAAACAGGGGUACCGUUUGGCGAGGUGAAGGCGGUUCGCGGUUGGCUGAAAAUCACUGGAGCGGUCGGCCGUCCAGCAGAGGAACAUCCUAAGCGACGGAUCACAGGCCUCGACUGCACUCAGAGUGAAGUGAGCGGAGCCCGUUUCUGGGGCUUUUUCCAAGAGCUCUGCGGUGAAACUCACAACUUCUUCCGCCACUGUUUUGUGCACAACUUGUGUCCUCUCAUCUUCAUGAGUGAGUCUGGCAAGAACCUAACUCCGCCUGAGCUCCCGGCUGCGGAGCGAGAUGCCCUUUUGUCCUGCUGUGACAGUGCUCUUUGUCAGGUGGUCACUGCACUGGGAGUGUCCCUGGUGAUCGGAGUGGGCAAGCUAGCCGAGCAGCGCGCUCGACGGGCUCUGGCAGAAGCAGGCAUCACUGUGAGAGUGGAGGGUAUCAUGCAUCCGUCCCCUAGAAACCCACUUGCUAAUAAAGGAUGGGCUAACAUAGUCAGGGACAAACUAGAUAAUCUGGGGGUGUUAAGUUUGCUUACCAGUUGAUGAUGAGGAUGAUGAUGACAGCUGCUACCUCUGCAUUUUAAAAUUCACUCAUUCAUUCUUUUGAACCUUACUGAGACAUUAUCAGUGACUUAAUGAGACAUUUGUGGCAGUAAAAUGUCAUGUUUAAGAUAACAGAUGUUAUGAAAAUUAAUGGAGUACUUUAUCACACCUUUUUUUUUUUUUUUUUUUUAAUUCAUUUCUCCGUGUGUGUGUGUGUGUGUGUGUGUGUGUGUGUGUGUGUGUGUGUGUAUACACAGAACUUUAGAUGGCCAUUUCAAGCUCUUUUCUAUGUUAAGAUGUAAAGGUGCAUGCAUAUGUAGGAUUUUUUUUCUUUUUCUUUAACCAUAGAAGUGUAUAGAUAGAUAGAUAGAUAGAUAGAUAUGUUUGUCUGCAUUUUUUAGAUUACAUUUGUGCAAAAAAGAAAAAAACAAAUACUGUAGAUAUUACUUUAUGUUAGUCUUUGAUUAUAACACACUAAUACUGAUAAUGAGUUCAAGAGGUUAUUAUAAAUUGAAUUCAAUCUCAUUUUUGCCCUUGGAUUGUGGAUUGUCUUUUUUUAUUAUUAUUAUUAUGUGUUUAACCCAAAUGUUGAGUUGAAUGUACAGUAAAGGUGAUUGUAAUAAAUUGUAUCUCAUGUUCAGCACCA